AAAAAGUUUUUGAAAACUUGACAACGUACCCAGCCUCUCUUUUCUCUCGGUCUGAAACACAAAACAACCCCAAAUCAAAAAGCAACUGAAGUUCUGCCGAGACCCACAAGCUGCCACCUCCUCCACGGGAUCCAUAGCCACCACCAGCAACAAUAUAUUCUUAAAGGAAGGGAGGAAAGCUGGUAUACUAAUAAGGAAAGAUAAUUAUAUUAAAUUAUGGCGUCUUCGACUAUGGGAUCCAAGUCAUUGAAAGAAUAUUUGAAAAAAUAUGGAAGUGACAAUCAAGAAGAAGAGAAGAAAGUGAAAAAGAAGAAGAAGAGAAUUAAACCGAAUGCCUCUGGUGUUUUAGUUGUGGAUGAAGACCCUGUUUGGCAAAAGCCAGUGAAGCUUGAAGAGGAGGAAAAUGAUUCAGCUGAUGAAGAGAAUCCUCAAGUUGAUGAAGACAUAGAAGUUAAACGAAUGAAGAGGCUGGAGCUAAUUAGAGCUCGACGCGCUUACAAUGCAAUUGCUGAGGAUGGAAGUGGUUGGGUUAUAUUAUCUCCUAACCAUGCCAAUUCUGCUGAUCCUUACCCUGAUAUGUCCCCUCUUCAUAAAAGGAAGGUUCGGAAUGACACACCCUCACCUGAGCAUGAAGGGAAGCCUUUGCAUAAUGGUGGAGAUGAUGCAGAUUUGUCUCCUCCACGGCAACAACAGAGACAGCACCAUAGCCCAUCACCUGCUCCUGAUACAAAUUUGAAUUCAGAUUUGUCGCCACCCCGUAAGAGAAGAUAUCGAAAUGAUACACCAUCUCCUGAGCCGCAGUUGAAGCCUUCAAGAGAAGCUAGUGAUUUGUCACCACCACGAAGGCAGCGAAAACACCAUCAAUCUCCAUCACCCAAGCCCUAUACAAAGUCUAAACACACCAGUGUUCUGAAUUCUGAUUUGUCACCACCACGAAGACGGAGGACUGAUACUGAAUCACCUAAAUUGAAGCCUUUGAAAGAAGAUACUGAUUUGUCUCCUCCAAGACAACAGCGGCGACGACACUAUACUCCAUCACCAAAACCCGAGCCAGAUCUUUCACCCCCAAGGAAAAGAAAGAAGGAUGUUGGGAGAUCAGGAUUGCCUGAUAAUUCUCAUUUAUCACUACAGCUUUCAACUCAGAGUGGUAAUUCACGUGCAUCCAUGGCUCAAGACAUUUCUCCACCAAGGAAAAACAGGAAAGAAUCAUCUGAUCCAGUUUCUUCAAAGGAACCGCCAAAAACUGGUCUGAUCACUGGUCGUGAUAUGCGGGAAGAAAUUAAAACUAAGAAGGAAGCAUCAUUGUUGUUUGACAAGAUGGAUCCUUCUAUAAGUGGACGGGGUGCCGAACCUGUAUACCGUGAUAAGAAAACAGGAGAGCGCAUAUCAAAGGAUGAUUACUUGAAAUCAAAACAAAAAGUAGAGGAAAAACCCAAGGAAAAGAAGUUAGAGUGGGGAAAGGGCUUGGCUCAAAAGCGGGAAGUUGAAACUAGGCUGGAGGAGUUAGAGCUUGAGAAGGACAAGCCAUUUGCACGGACUAGGGAUGAUCCGGAACUUGACAAAAUGCUGAUGGAAAGAGUAAGAUGGGGCGAUCCUAUGGCACAUUUGGUCAAGAAAAAGCAUUCUGAACUGGUUCUUGCAGACCUAGGGGAUAGCGAGAAGAUGAAGGAAUCAGGAUUUAUAAUUCCCCAGGACAUACCUAGUCACAGCUGGAUAAAACGAGGAUUAGAUGCUGCUCCAAAUCGAUACGGUAUAAGACCAGGAAGACAUUGGGAUGGGGUGGAUCGAAGUAAUGGAUAUGAGAAACAACUUGUCAAACGGAUGAAUGAGAAACAAGCUACAGAGAGGGAAGCCUAUCUUUGGUCUGUGUCUGAUAUGUAACUGCAAGUGUGUGAACUGGAGUGAGAUGGUAAUUUAUUCCUUUAGACCUUGGCGGCCACUGUCACAAAUUAAGCAUGAAUUUUACAAAUUAACUUCUGUUUCUUCUCUCGAAUCCCACUAUUAGCCUGUUUUUUCUUUUUUGUAUGAGCAUAUGGUGCUCUCUUGGAGUACAUUUGUAGAUCCGAUUGAUUAGAUUUGUCAAAACAAAGAAUCUUUCAAAAAUCAAAACCUGUUCCGGAUUUAAUCCCCCAUCCAGUGUAAACUGAUGAAAUUCCUUGUAUCUUUUUUUAAUAAUACAAGAGUAAAAUAGAUUUUCUUAUAA